AUGACGACCUCAACCAACCGCGAUCAUUUCUUCCAGACUUCUGCUUCCCUGGAGGAGCAGGAGCGGAAACAGGCCAAGUCCCAGAACAGCAAUGGAAACCCCAUCAAACUCAACAGCAAGAUCCUGGCCGUGUGCGCCGAUCCGAUGAACCAGGGCUCCGUCUAUGUGGCGCUGAGCAGCGGCGCGACAGGAGAGCCGACUGCUCUAUUUGCAGGCCCCGUGGCGCCCCUCACCAGUGUCUGUGUGAGCCCAGACCGCAAGCAAUUAUUUGCCGGGUGCUGGGACAAGACCGUUUGGAGCUGGGAGAUCGCCUCAGGGAAACCUGGGCGCCAAUACGAAGGCCACACGGAUUUCGUCAAAUCCGUUAUCGCUGCACGACUGCGCGGAGAAGACAUUCUCAUCACAGGGGCAGCUGAUGCGCAAGUACUCGUGUUUCGCAUUGCCAAUGGCGAGCGACUGGAGACCUUCAAGGGCCAUGCCCGUGGCAUUCAGGACUUGAUCCUCGACCCGGAAGCCGAGGACUCGAAAGCGACGGUGUUCAGUGCUGGCAGUGAUCGAGAGAUCCGGCAAUUCAGCAUCUUUGGCGGCGACCAUUCCACCGAACCAUUGCUGCCCCACGAGACCAGCGUCUACAAGCUCUUCUUCGAUAGCGACGGUGACCUCUGGACGGCGUCGGCGGAUAAAACCGCCAAAUGCCUGGUUCGGGAGAACGGAUGGAAAGCCAACAUGACUCUGGAACAUCCAGACUUCGUGCGCGACGUUGUUGUCUACGAACAAGGCGGCUGGGUGGUGACCGCAUGCCGGGACGAAGAGGUUCGCGUGUGGAACCGAGCUACGGGCGAGCUUCAUCAUACGUUCUCCGGGCACUUUGAAGAAGUCACCGGGCUGGUCCUGGUAGGGCCGACGGUCGUCAGUGUCGGCAUCGAUGCGACCAUCCGUCAGUGGUCACUUCGGGCAGAUGAGCUGCAACGGGCCGUGGAGCUGGUCAAGAACGGCCCGAGCGAAACAGAGGAGGAGACGCCUGACGGGACGAUGCUGACCGAAGAAGAGGAGCGAGAGCUCGCCGAGCUGAUGGACGAGUAA